UGAGAACCAUUUUACUACUACUGUACUUCAUAAUUACUAGUAAAACAAUAAAAACAUAUGAUUGGUUGUGACUGCAGAAAUCAGAGAUGCAAAUCAAAGAUUGAAAGUGUUUGAUUGGGAUACACUUUCAGCUGCUACAAAUCGUUUCUCCUCCUCAAAUAAAGUCGGAAAGGGUGGAUUUGGUUCUGUUUACAAGGUGACUAUCUUUCUCGUUAACACCAUUUCAACCCUUUGAGUACUAGAUAUAGAGGCCCGAACUAGAAUUGUCUUGCUCGAUACUUAAAAUCAUUUGUGUUUAAUAGGGUGUACUACCUACAAAACAAGAGUUGCCGUGAAAAGGCACAAAACAUCUCCUGAUCAAUCAAUCAAGGAGUUCAAAAAUGAAAUUCAUCUGCUUCCCAAUAUCGACCAUCAAAACAUUAUCAAGCUACUUGGUUGCUGCAGUCACAGCAGAGAAUCACUCGUUGUAUAUGAGUUCAUGGAAAACAGAAGUCUAGAUACAUUUAUAGGUGACGAGAAAAAGCAAAGCUUUCCAUGGCCAGUUCGGUUCAAAGUGAUAAAGGGGAUAGCUCGAGGACUUGAUUAUCUACAUCAAAAUUCUAGACUCAGAAUCAUUCAUGGAGAUCCGAAAUCAAGCAACAUUUUACUGGACCAUGAGAUGGUUCCUAAAAUUUCAGACUUUGGCUUUUCUAUAAAAUUGUUAGAACAUCAAACCGAAGUAGAAACAGGAUUAGCUGCAGGUACCACAUUCUAUAUUUCUCCAGAGCGUUUGAAGCACGGCCGAGUUUCAGUUAAAUCAGAUGUUUACAGCUUUGGAGUUGUGAUACUAGAGAUCGUAAGUGGGCAGGGAGCGUGGAGAUUUCAUACGCUAAAACAGAUGAAGCUUCAUGACUAUGCACAGAAACUGCAGAGUGAAGGAAAAACACUAGACAUGGUAGAUGGCUCACUUGAUGAGCAAUUUCCAGCCGAUGAAGCGCUGAGGUGCAUUCGAGUAGGUUUACAGUGCACAUUAGAGCAUCCACGUGACCGACCAACCAUGUGUAGCGUGCUUAAGAUGCUGGACGGAGACGCAAUCUAACUGCAGCAACAAGAGCUGUGGAGCAGUACUUGUUAAUAAAUGUAACUUUUGAGUACUUCCAACGCAGUUGUAGGAAAUACACAUUGAUUAUGUAAUGAUUUUUGUACGUUUUCUUGAAUUUUGUGCGGCUGGUUGUUUCCGUCAGUUAUUACUCAGAUAAUAAACAGACAAGUACUUGUGUCAUUCAUUUUAUUUUA